CACAGACCGCGUGCCUGGGCGAAGUGCAGAGUUCGUAGCUGAACUGCUGCAAGGUUUGGGGGGGUUUGGAGACAGGAUUUUGAUUUGGGUCAUGGGGGUUGGGUGUGGGGCAGGCACAAAGUUUGGCUUGAUGUCCACGUUUUUUGCAAUGCUUUUGGUAGAUGACUUUGGCUCUUGUAUCCAAUGCUUCCAGGCUAGGCGCCUAUGAAACCCGGUGCUUCAGUGGUUUUCUCAUCUGUAUUUUUCUUGCUUUGUUGUUAGCAAUAUAUUUUUGAUCAUAAGCAAAAUAUUGUCACCAAUAUGUAGUAACAGUAACUAAAUACAAACUGCUGAUCUCUACUGCAAGACAGUAAAAAUUCUGACUGAGUUCUUGGCUCACUGGGUUCCUGGAAUUACAAAUCAAAGGUCAAUAGUACUAAUGUCCAAAUUUGGCCCACUGAUUUUAUAUUAUCCUGUCCCCCUUCAAACUGAAGAGAGGGAAAUAAAGGGAAGACAAGGUAGAAACUACUAGUUAAAUUUCUGUCUGGUCACAGGUGUUUUAUGUCUCCUGUGCUUUAUUUAAUAUGUACAGCAACAUGCAUACACACUUGAAAGUUGUGCACUUCCUAGCUUCUGUAGGCUGAGCUCAUUGCAUACACUAGAGGCUCCUCCUAUUCCUCCAUUCUCUCUGUCCCCCAAACUCUCCGUGUGUCACCUUUCUAUGCCCUUCUAUUACUCCCACCACUUCCUCCCUCGUGACAGAGGUUGUGUCCCCCUCAGGUACCCCUCCACCAUGGUAGUGGUUCCUUGUGUUUCCCCCAUUACCUGUUUGUCUUAUUUCUGUUAGAAUCCAGGCUGCAGAUAGUUUCCCCAUGCAGAAAAUUAAGCUUCUGCCUUUGAUAUGUGUAGGCAGCAGUAGGUGAUGGCAGAGAACUUUCUCUUCCUUAGCACUAAGCAGUCUGGGGAGCCUGCAUGCCAUCCUCAGUGGGAAACCCUCCUCCACAACCAAGCUCCCGUGGAUACUUUGGGGGCUGGAGUCAGAGGCCACCAGAGUGAACCCCAAGGAUGAUGUGCUGGAGGAGGAAAUGGAGGAGGAGAAGGAUGGGGGACAGGUAACAGAUCCAAUAGCGUGGCAAGCCAGGACUUCUUUUUGACUCCUGAGCAGUCUAGCCACUCUCAGCACUCCAGCUAUGCUUAAAGUUAUUGCCAUUGAUGAGCAGCUGAGAGUUAUCUAUGAAGAUAACAUUCAUUUUGACAAAGACCUUCCGGAAUUUGGGACUCAUUGUGGCAUCCAUGUCCACAGUGAUAAGCUGACAGUGACUUCACCUGUGUUAAUGUGGGUCAAGGCUCUGGAUAUGAUCUUGGAGAAGAUGAAGUCUUCUGGCUUUAACUUCUCUCAUGUGAGAGCUUUUUCUGGGGCUGGACAGCAACAUGGAAGCGUGUAUUGGAAAGAAGGAGCCAGCCAAAUUUUAAAUAAUUUAUCACCUGAUCUUCCUUUACAUCAAUUACUAAAGGGUUGUUUUUCUGUCAGUGAUAGCCCUGUCUGGAUGGAUUCCAGUACUACUACCCAGUGCUUAUCUCUUGAGAAAGCUGUUGGAGGGGCACAGCACCUAGCUAAUAUCACUGGUUCACGAGCGUGCGAGCGUUUUACAGGAAACCAGAUAGCAAAGAUUUACAGCCAGAAUCCUGAGGUCUACGCACAAACUGAGAGAAUCUCUGUGGUUAGUAGCUUUGCAGCAUCCCUUUUUCUUAGUGCUUAUGCACCCAUCGAUUAUUGUGAUGGUUCUGGAAUGAAUUUACUGCAGAUUUGUGAUAAAAUAUGGUCCACCGCCUGCCUCAAUGCUUGUGCGCCUGGAUUAGAAGAAAAGCUGGGACCUGUUGUGCCAUCCAGCUCAGUAUUGGGCUCAGUUUCUCCAUAUUAUAUUCAGCGCUACGGGUUUAGUCCAGACUGUAAAGUAGUAGCAUUUACCGGGGACAAUCCAGCAUCGCUUGCAGGAAUGAAACUUGAAGAAGGGGACAUUGCGAUUAGUCUUGGCACAAGCGACACAUUGUUUCUUUGGAUUAAAGAACCAACGCCUGCAUUAGAAGGUCAUGUUUUCUGCAAUCCUGUUGACUCUCAAGCCUAUAUGGCACUUUUAUGUUUUAAGAAUGGUUCUCUAAUAAGAGAGAGGAUCAGAGAUGACUGUGCUUCAGGCUCCUGGGGCGAAUUCUCCAAAGCCCUAAAAUGUACUGUUGUUGGAAACGAUGGAAACCUAGGUUUCUAUUUUGAUGUGAUAGAGAUUACUCCUGAAGCUGUUGGGAUUCACAGAUUCAACAGAGACAACAACAAGGUUCCAGACUUUCCAAAGGAGGUGGAGAUACGAGCAUUGAUCGAAGGACAGUUCAUGGCCAAGAGGAUUCAUGCUGAAAAGCUGGGAUAUAAAAUCAUGCCAAGAACAAGGAUUUUGGCCACUGGUGGAGCAUCAUAUAAUAAAGAAAUCUUACAGGUCCUGUCUGAUGUGUUUAGCGCACCAGUGUAUACUAUUGACACCGCCAACUCUGCUUGUUUAGGAUGUGCUUACAGAGCAAUUCAUGGGCUUGUGGCAGAAACAAGUGUGUCCUUGGUAGAGGUAGUGAAAUUAGCACCAGAGCCUAGAUUAGUUGUUACACCAACUGCUGGGGCAAACCAGACAGGAGAAAUUGAGGCACAAAGAUUAAAGAAGUUGCCCAAGGUCAUACAGUCAGUCAGCAGUAGAGAUCUACCAGCCCCUUCUGAAAAGAUAUGCAGAGCUUGAACAAAAGGUUCUCUGCAGUCCAAUCUCAUCUCAUCGGGCUAAAUAGCAAGAAAAAGAAAAAAUCUAACACUAGCCCAAGGAACUGACUGCCAAGGUGAAGAUCAGAAGAAAGUUGUCAGAAUUUACUGCAGUUGUUUAAGGCAUUCUUUGUGUUUUGUGCCGAAAACAAGGUCUAAUACAAAUUAAAAUGUUUUUUUUUUUUUAAAAAGUGUUACUGGAAAAGUUGCUGAAAGAUUGAAAUCUUACUUAAAUCACUGAAGUGUUUUUUGUGUCCAGAGCAUAAUUUUUUUCUCAGAUCUUUUUCAGCUUGGUAGUUGGUAUUUUGUAAUCGCAGGGUAACAAUAGUCAGGUUAAUUCUAUCUGUCCGUCUACCCAUGUCUUUUUCUCUGUCUACAUGUCUGUCUCUAUCUAUAUGUCUACCAUAUCUGUCUGUCUGUAUCGUAUCUAUUUUAUCUGUCAUAUCCAUUUCUCUGUCACAACUAUCUUUCGAUAUGUCUCUAAUCUGUCUACAUUUUUAUGCCAUGUUAUACCAUGUUUAUUAUGGUGCUGCCUUACAGAAAUUUCAUAAAGUCCACAAAAAUCUAAGCACCAUUGAUUUUGGAUUCUCUCUCCUCUUUCCUUAACAUAUAGGUAUUUUAUGAAGCUGCUAGAUUAAUCUAAAACAGAAGGUGGUGUAUGAAUAUCCAGGGAAUUAUAUUCCUCUGAAAGCAGGUAUUAAUAUUCAAGACAGUACUUUUUAAUUUUCCUCUCUUCAUUCCCAGUGAUGUUCUGUUUCCAUUUGUGGAAAUGCCUUAGUGAGUAUUAUCUGCUAUUACAAAGUACUGUGUUGGCUGCAUUGGAUCAGAUCCUGCCAUAACUUAUGUCAUGCAAGCACACUGAAGGGUUGCCUGGGUGUGACUAAGAGGGCAGUUUGGCCCAAUGUCUGAAAUGUGAACUCAAUGCUUUUACAGUUUAUCUGUAAAGUAACAGCUGUGGCCUCUGAAAGACAGGAGACUUGGCUAAAUGUGCUACAGACAAUAAAGAGUGUUAAAAUAAAUAAAGAAUCUGUUGGAAAUGA